AACUCUGGCCCAGGCCUCAUUGGGCCUUUGAGAUUCGGCCCGAAAACUCAGCCCUCUAAACCUCUCCCACGGAGAGACACAGAGCAGAGCGAAAUGUAUCUGAAGAAAGCAUUAUGGAGCGAGUCUAUGGCGACGCCGGAGUCCGACCAGAAGGCGCCGUAUCCGGCGACGGCUGUCGGAGAACUGGUGACGUCGCUGAAUAGGCAGAGACUGUACAGAGAGGUGACGCUCGCUCUCCGAACCGGACUCAGAGAGGCACGUGCCGAGUUCUCAUUUCUCCGAGUUCGUGGCCUUCGAAGCAUUCUCAAGUUUCUCCGUUCGGUCGCCGAGUCCGAUUCGACGAUCAAUCUCUUCUGCCACAGCCAAUCUAUACCUGAGCUCCAAGUGGUUCCUGUUCUCUUUCAAAAUUCAUUAAAACAGUAUGAGGAAGACACCGUAGCAAAUUUAGAUCAUAUAUUUGGUGUAGAACCGAUGAAGAUAAGUAGUCCUUCAACAGAUGCUGAAGUUGCACUUGCACUUCGGGUUUUGGAAGGAUGUUGUCUGCUACACAGGGAAAGCACAAUUUUCGCUCAUCAACAUAAAGCAAUUGAGAUUUUGAUGGAUAUAUUGUCAACUCGAGGGGUACUUGAGCAGGGUGCAUGCUUGGAUGCUUUAAUCUCAAUAAUGUUGGAUUCAUCAGCAAAUCAAAUGGAUUUUGAGUCAUGUGAUGGUAUUGAGGAAGUUGCACAUAUCAUCAGGGACAAACAAGUUGAUGAAAACCUAAGGAUGAAAUGUGGAGAGUUCCUGCUGCUACUCAUUGGACAUGUAAACGGGAGGGAAAGGCCUCCAUUGGCUAGAAUACAUGAAGAUGUAAGGAGACUUCUGGGUGAGAAAUCUGCCUCCUUGAUAUGGGCAGCCAGUCAAUUUGGGUCUACCCUUGAUCCCGAGCAGAGGCUGACAGCUCUGCACAUCCAAGCUCGAAGAGUGCUAGAAUCACUGGACCUGUACUGAAUCAAAACAUAGGUGCUCAGUUUCACAUUUCUGGUACUUACCAGGCAUUUUUGCAUUGUUGUCUUGCAAGUAGGAAGUGUUCCAUCGAGCUUUUAUUUGUUCUGUCUAUUAACCAUUAUUUAUCAGACUAAUGGUUCAACAUGACACUGGAGAAAACUUAUGCUUUCAAGUUGUACAAAUAUGAUACAUAGCUUCAAAUCUCAUGCUAUAUUCUUACAA